AUGGCAACCGAAUCUUCAGUGUCUUCCUAUACUCUCAGUACAGAUGAUUCUGGUACAAGGCAAAGAAAAGAAGUUGAUGAGCUACCACAAAUCGGUUACACUCUUGAGCAGCUGAAUGAGAAGAGAGAAGAACCGAAGUGGCGUAUUGCUAGAUUCACCGCGAUCGGUUUGUUCUGGGCAAUUUGGGGAGCACUUCUUGCCGGUUCUAUUCUUAUCAUCAUUCUCAAUAAUCAUGACGUCGCAAGCACUACUGCUGCUCCAACUACCACUACCAAAGGGAAAUAA